CACUGGGCAUUUGUAUCAGCUGGUGCGUUUGUUUACCUACAGUUUUGCCGGUUUGCCUGAUUCGCGCGCACUAAACCAAUUUGGUGGAUCAAAGCAGUGUAGUUUAUUGUGCAUUUUAGCGUACGAUUGUGCACUUGAACCAAACAACAAUGUUGGAAAAAUCGCUAAUGUUAUCCAAGUUCCGGGGAAGCCUGCUGGGUGUGCUGGUAGGCGAUUGCUGUGGAGCACCUUUCGAAGGUCAACUCAUGGACAGUGGAGCAAAAUUAAUUUUGAGGAAAAACCUAGACAAACUCGAAGGACCCGCUUUCAAUGCGCCUUACAAAAAGUACACGGACGACACAGCAAUGACCAUACAGACGGCGAAAACGUUCCUCGACCCGAAAGGAUAUUCGCAGAAGCUGCUGGCAAAAAACUACGUGGUCGAGUUCUUCAAAGAACCGAACCGUGGGUACGGUGCAGCGGUAGGGGAAGUGUUCCGCAAAUUGAGGCAAACAAAGAUUGCCGACCCAACGGGUCCCGCCAUGGCACAGUUCAACGGCAGUGGAUCGUUCGGCAAUGGUGCAGCGAUGCGAGUGUCCCCAGUGGCGCUGUACUGCGUGAACAAGAGUAUCGAUGAGCUGGUUCGGUUGGUAAAGGAAUCGUCCGAGGUAACACACACCAACGUGCUCGGCGUGAACGGUGCCAUCCUGCAGGCACUAGCUAUCCGGCAGAGCCUGCUGCUGAAUCCGAACGAACCAUUCUGCUGGAAAACGUUCCUUGCCGAACUGAAACAGCAGAUGGUGAAAAUAGAGCAGGAAAAUGAUCCCGAUUUGGAUGCAAACCCGAACGCGUACGAGAAACAGCUGGUGAAUAUGGAAAAACUGCUAGCCAACCAGAUCGAACCGUCGGAUGAGAAUGUGUUGAACCUGUUGGGACACAGUGUGGCAGCGUUAUACUCCGUCCCAACGGCCGUUUACUGCUUCCUGCGACACACGCAGGAUUUGCUGAAAGACACGGACCGUAAAUCGUUCCGCAAUACGCUUGAGUAUGCCAUCUCUCUCGGUGGGGAUUGUGAUACGAUCGGGAGUAUGGCCUGUGCGAUCAGUGGCGCCUACUUUGGCGAGACGGUGAUCUCAUCCGCAUUGCUGAAGCAUUGCGAAAGUGCCGAAAGUGUCGCCGGGCUUGCUGAGCAACUGUUUGAAGUUGCCGGUGCAAAGUAGGCUGUUGGUAGAUUGAACCGUUUCUAAAAUCAAGGUAGGCGUUGAUAAAAUAAAGCAGAGUCAGUCUAA